UUGAAACACCGAUGUGUUUGAAAGUCACACUCGCUAAAAAUGUUACCGCGAUUGUUUUGUAAUAAUUUUCGUCGAUUGAAAUUAGGUGCAUUACCGAAUGGUUCGUUAAAAGUACCAAAUUCGCAUAACAGCACGUUAGUUCCUCCAAUUUUACUCCAGCAAAAUAUUGUAAACUUUUCGCUAUCCGGACCGGUGACAACGAAAAACACUAAACUCAAAACUCCAACAAAUAAAGCUCCAUCGAAAUCAGCAACAGACGGCGAUCGUGUUGAAUAUAAUAUACGCGAUGAAGAGAUGUACCUACAGUCUUUAAACGAUCCAGAUACAUUUCAAAGCCGUGACUAUGGCUACUUAAAGGAAUCGGUUGUUCCUGGAUAUACUGUCCAGAGCACGUUGAUCGAGAACCGUAAGAGGAACCCACUGACUGAGGAACAAUACGCUUACAGGAUCAAGAAACACUUAAACAACAAUCGUUUAAAGGAGGCAAUCGAUGUACUGGAAAUUCAGAUGAUCGAACAAGAUCAGGUGAAACCGAAGACUUACAUUUUCAAUUUAUUGAUCAGUGGAUGUGCACAUGCAGGCUCUUCCAGUAAAGCUUUCAAUUUGUAUACUAAAAUGCAACAGUAUGGCGUAAACGUGACCAACGCUACAUAUACAUCUCUGUUCAAUGCGUGUGCAAAUGGACCUUGGCCUCACGAUGGUCUCAACAAAGCCAGACGUCUGCGUGAAAUUUUGCUGGAGAAGAACUACGAACCGAACGCACCGAAUUACAAUGCAAUGAUAAAAGCAUUCGGACGAUGUGGAGAUGUGACGACGGCAUUUAAAUUGGUAGACGAAAUGGAGUCAAAGGAUUUAGACAUUCAAGUGGGCACCUAUAACUUCUUAUUGCAAGCCUGCAUCUCCGAUGUCAAUUACGGUUUUCGUCAUGCGUUAAUGGUGUGGAAUAAAAUUUAUCAGAGACGCUUACUGCCAGAUUUGCAUUCGUUCAAUUUGAUGUUCAGAUGCGUUCGUGAUUGCUCUAUCGGGGACAUUAAAACGAUGCAACAGGUCAAUUUACUCGGAAGUACAUUGGACAGCGACGAACAGUCAAAAAUCAACGACAAUCAGUUACUCAAUAACGAUUCCCAAUCAAGUGAAAUUAUCGAUGAAGCACCCGGCUUGGUUUCACAUUUCCCGCAGUUAGGUAGCUUAGCUGGGCCACACGAAGUAAAAACACCCGAAGAUCGGUUGCUGCUAUUAGGUGGGUUCAAAGGCAUUCUGAAUGAAAUGGAAAAACUUCAAGUCCGUCCGGAUGUGAAAACAUUUACCGCACUGCUGGAUGUCGUUCCAUCAACAGCCGAACAUGAAAUCAUUGAAUCAAUUCGCAAGCAUAACGUCAAGUGUGAUAUCGGCUUCUUCAAUUGUUUAAUCAAAAAGAGGAGCAUGAGACUCGAUUAUGAUGGGGCGAAAGGUGUUCUGAAUGUGAUGGAAACAGCUGGACUGAGACCGAACAUUGUAACAUAUGCCGCAAUGGCUAUGGGCUGUCGAAAUAUUGAUGAAUUGAGGGACUUCCUCACUGAAGUGCACAAGUCGAGAAUGAGCACGCCAAUUCUUGAAGUCUUGCUGAAACAGGGAUGUCGUCGUCGUGAUUUUCCAUACAUAAUCGAAAUUAUGAACUUUAUCAGCAAGGAAGAAUUAAAGCCGAACAAACAGUUUUUAGAUACACUACAUAGAUUCAUCGAUGACUGCUACAGUGUGUUGAACGCCUCCAAUGACAAUCCAACCGGAACGGCUGAAUUCGAAGCUGCUUUCGACAAUUUUAAAUUACAAUUCACGAAGUGGAAAGAUUCGCUGGGUUUGAACGUAUAACUGUAAUCUGGAGUGAAAGAGGAUCCGUGGGAGCAAUUUCAAAGUGUUGAAUGUUGAAGACGAAGGUGUAGAUGAUGUGAACGUCCAAAAGUAACACGAAAACGGAAACGGAGAAGAGGUAGAGACGGAACUUUGUUUUUAGAUUGAAUAAAUGCGGUUGCUGUUGCAUUGAA